UGAAAAAAAUUCAUAAAGACCGCAGUAAAAUUUCCCCGAAAACUCUUUAUUCACCUUUUCUUCUUCGUCUUCAUUACUCUCUACUCGCAGCGUUGCAAUGAUUCCCGCCACUCCCCUUUCCCAGUAAAACCCGAACUCCACUCUCCUCUUCAGGGUUAACGUGUUACUAUACCUUUUGGAGAAGAGGUUUCUGUUCAAAGUUUAGAAUUUAUGUCCCAUAAUCAAUCAAGGGCUGAAGGGAACCAGUCUACGCAGAACAGGAAAUUCGGUCGAUCCGGUAGCUCUUAUCAGCAGCGCCAGUUCUCAGGAAACGGAUCCAAUAAGGGCGGAGUAGCCGCUGCCCUUACCUCCAGUGGCAGUUUUAAGAAGUAUAAUAAAAAUGCAAAAGGAGGGCAAUCAAGGGCAGGAACGGUGAGUUCAGAUUCCAGUACUUCAUCUGAAGCUCAUGUUAUACAGAAUGGUGGUGUUCAACUGCGGCCGAACAAUGGAAUAUUCAAUACACCAGUUUCAAGUACAAGUGUAAAUGUCAAGCCUGCCAAUGUCCCACCUCAAAAAAUCACCCAAGUUGUUCCGAGAGUUCCAUCUUCGAAUGUUUCUACUGUUUUGUCUCAUGUUUCGACUGCCAGUUCUGAGUUCAAGGCCCCAGCAACACCUGCAAAAGGAGAUACAUCUGGGUCAUUUCCACUACAAUUUGGAUCCAUAACUCCUGGUUUUAUGAAUGGAAUUCAGAUACCUGCUCGAACAAGCUCUGCUCCACCAAAUUUGGUUGAGCAGAAAGGAGCCCAGGCUCGCCAUGAUUCUUUAAGAUCUACUUCUGCAAUGCAAACUCCAUCCAUGCCCAAACAGCAAUUGCCAAAGAAGGCUGCAGGGGUUUCUGACCUACCUAAUGCUGGUGAAGCUCAGUCAGUGUCCAAACUGAAGAGGGAUGCUCAAUUUUCAUCUGCACCACCUUUGAACCAAGCUCAGAGACCUGUACAUCCCAUGCCUGGGAUGUCCAUGCAACUACAGUUUCAUCAACCACAUGUUUCAGUUCAAUUUGGUGGUCCCAAUCCCCAAAUUCAGUCUCAAGCCAUGAUGCCAAUGUCAAUACCUAUGGCUUUACCUUUGGGAAAUUCUCCGGUGCAGCAGCGACUGUUUGUUCCAGGUCUUCCGCCACUCCCUAUGCAGUCUCAAGGAAUGAUGCAUCAGGGACAGGGAUUGAACUUUUCAUCAGUAAUGGGUCCUCAUCUUCCUUCUCAGUUAGGCAACGUGGGAAUUAAUAUGGCACAUCAAUUUCCUCAGCAGCAAGCAGGAAAAUAUGUUGGUCCUCGUAGAACUGUAAAGAUUACACAUCCAGACACUCAUGAAGAAUUGAGACUUGAUGGAUCACCUGUUCCAAAGUCAAAUCCUAAUGUGCCACCUCAAUCACAACCUAUUCCAUCAUUUUCUCAUAACCAUCCAAUGAACUAUUACCCUGAUUCUUAUAAUUCCAGUUCUGUCUUUUUUCAUUUCUCUUGUUUUUCACAGUUCAGUUUUUAUCAUGGAACCUUUAUUUAUCAGGGGCCAAUUUUUAAAUUGAGUAUCUGUAUUUUCAGUGCAAAAGAUGAGAAUGAGGUUGGUUUGUGCAUCAAGGAAUUGAAAGUUCCUAGCUUUUAUCCAUUGAUGAUUUCCAUCUGGAUUACCGAUUCAUUUGAGAGGAAGGACAUGGAGAGAGAUCUCUUGACAAAGCUUCUAAUUAAUCUUGCAAACCCUCGAGAUGGCAUGUUAAGUCCAGAUCAAUUCAUCAAAGGGUUUGAAUAUGUUCUUACUGGGUUGGAAGAUGCUGUCAGUGAUGCCCCACGGGCAGCAGAGUUUCUUGGUCGUAUCUUUGCACAAGUUAUAUUAGAAGACAUCGUUUCAUUCUCUGAAAUUGGACGGUUGAUAUAUGAAGGCGGGGAAGAGCAAGGUCAUCUUGUCAAAAUAGGGCUUGCAGCAGAAGUUCUUGAUUCUAUCUUGGAGACAAUCAAAACCGAAAAAGGUGAUUCUACAUUGAGUGAUAUCCGUUCCAGCUCUAAUCUAAAGCUCGAAAACUUCAGGCCUCCUGGUUCUAACAAAUCAUGGAGAAUAGACAAGUUCCUUUAGAGGAAACUGAUAUUGUACCUGGUGAAGAAAGUUAUCUCCAAUUUUUUAGCUAACCGUUUCAAAUUGACAGAUAAAAUUCUAUUCUGGGCAGAUGGGAAUUUAUGUAGAGGGCUACCUCAAUUUUUACAUUAUUGACUGAAAUCUCUUGAGGUUCGACCGACAACUGAUUAUUCUCUUCAAGUAUCUCAGUCUUUACAUCCUCACAUUCCAGGAUACUUGAAUCAUUCUUUCUUGUUUCUAUAUAAUAUAAUCUUUAGUUAGGUUGCAUUCAGUUAAUUCUGGGAUUUAGCGAGGUGUUUGAAUUUCACAGUAACUUUGCUUGCU